CAAACACAGACACAGAAAACGCUGUUUCAUAGCCUAUCCUCGAACAAGUCGAAAUGGCGACCCAUUCGUGCAACGAGGCAUAUGUCGUCGAGAAUGGCGGCCUUAAGGGAUCGAGCAAGGAGACGAGGCCCGGCCGGACGGCGCACAACAUGUCCUCAUCGUCGCUGCGCAAGAAGUCCGACCUUGCCCUUGUCUCGAAGGUCCCGUGCCGGUGCCUGAGGAUGCUUCUCGCCAACCUCCAGGAGGUCAUCCUCGGGACCAAGCUCACAAUCCUCUUCCCGGCCAUCCCUCUCGCCGUUGUCGCUGAGUUUUACAGCUUCGGAAGACCGUGGGUCUUCGCUUUGAGCCUUCUGGGACUCACCCCUCUUGCGGAACGCGUCAGCUUCUUGACAGAGCAGAUCGCUUACUACACCGGCCCCACAGUGGGAGGGCUUCUGAACGCAACCUGCGGCAAUGCAACCGAGCUGAUCAUAGCCAUAUUUGCCCUAAGCCAGCGCAAGAUUGAGGUAGUGAAGUACUCACUCUUGGGCUCCGUCCUGUCCAACCUCCUGCUCGUUCUUGGCACCUCGCUGCUGUGCGGUGGCCUCGCCAACCUCCGGAAAGAGCAGAAAUACGACCGGCGACAAGCCGACGUGAACUCUCUCAUGCUGCUGCUGGCGUUGCUGUGCCACCUGCUGCCGAUGCUGUUCCGGUACGCUGGCGCCCCCGCCACCCCGACAGCGGACCUGACGCUCAACCUGUCGAGGGCGAGUAGCAUCGUCAUGCUUCUGGCCUACGUCGUCUACAUCUUCUUCCAGCUUGUCACACAUCGACAAUUGUUCGAAGCACAGGAAGAGGGUGAAGAAGAUGACAACACAGCUUCUGGGGAAGAGGCAGUGAUAGGGUUUUGGAGUGGAUUUGUUUGGCUGGUUGGGAUGACCCUCGUCAUAGCUUUACUAUCCGAGUAUGUUGUCGACACAAUUGAGUCGGCGUCGGCUUCGUGGGGUCUGUCCGUGAGCUUCCUCAGCAUAAUCUUGUUGCCUAUCGUCGGGAACGCAGCAGAGCACGCCGGGGCGAUCAUAUUCGCUUUCAAGAACAAGCUGGACAUAACUUUAGGCGUCGCUUUGGGCUCAGCGACUCAGAUCGCGAUGUUCGUGGUCCCUUUAUGUGUGGUCGUUGCUUGGACAAUGGGGAUAAGGAUGGACCUUAAUUUCAACCUUCUUGAGACUUGCUCUCUUGCUCUAUCAAUCAUUGUCAUAGCUUUCACUUUGCAGGAUGGAACUUCCCACUACAUGAAAGGAUUUGUUCUCCUGCUUUGCUACGUAGUGAUUGGAGCAUGCUUUUUUGUCUUAAGAACGCCCCUGACAGAUCAACCUAACAUGAACAACUUGGAGCUCAAACUACCAACUGAAGCAGUUUUCAGAGCUUAAUCCAAAUUCAGGCACCUGAUCGAUGAAGGAUACGAGGGAUCAAAUGAGAGAAUAUCUAAGAAUUUGUCGAGAGACGAGGAGGAUUUGUAAUUCUUUCGAUGGUGUUGAUUGAUUGGUUCGGUUCAGUUUCGAUCGGAUUGAUUGCUUGUGAGGAGUGACUUGGAAUUUUGCGUUAUAAAGCAUUUUCCAUCUAAGAGUUUGUUCAUUCGUCUUGAUGAGGGUGUGAUCUGAAGGAAGAUGGGAUUCAUGGCCUUUGGUAUAGAUAUGUGUGUGAAUCAUUUAGGGUUUGGCUGAGUGAAAUUUUUGUUCCUCACUUCGACUUGGAGUGAUGUGGCAAUGCCAAACCGGUGAUACAAUAAAUAAUAGUCAAUAAAGGGAAGUCUCUUCCUGCUUGUUAUUUUAUUUUAGUUUACCAUGUCAUUUUUUAAAAUUAUUAAUUACCCAAAAAUCUUCUUA